CGCCGCCGCCGCGUCUAACGGGAGUCCGCCCGCUGCAGGACGCACUUACUGUCCCUCCAUGGAGUUCGGGCUGCUCAGCGAGGCAGAGGCCCGGAGCCCGGCCCUGUCGCUAUCGGACGCGGGCACGCCACAUCCUCCGCUCCCAGACCACGGCUGCAAGGGCCAAGAGCACAGUGACUCGGAGAAGGCCUCGGCCUCGCUGCCCGGGGGCUCCCCGGAGGACGGCUCGCUGAAGAAGAAGCAGCGGCGGCAGCGCACGCACUUCACCAGCCAGCAGCUGCAGGAGCUGGAGGCGACCUUCCAGAGGAACCGCUACCCCGACAUGAGCACGCGGGAGGAGAUCGCCGUGUGGACAAACCUCACCGAAGCGCGAGUGCGGGUGUGGUUCAAGAACCGGCGCGCCAAGUGGCGGAAGCGCGAGCGCAGCCAGCAGGCGGAGCUGUGCAAGGGCGGCUUCGCGGCGCCGCUCGGCGGGCUGGUGCCGCCCUACGAGGAGGUGUACCCCGGCUACUCCUACAGCAACUGGCCGCCCAAGGCGCUCGGCCCGCCGCUCGCCGCCAAGACCUUCCCCUUCGCCUUCAACUCGGUCAACGUGGGGCCUCUGGCUUCCCAGCCCGUCUUCUCACCACCCAGCUCCAUCGCCGCCUCCAUGGUGCCCUCGGCCGCCGCUGCUCCGGGCACUGUGCCCGGGCCCGGGGCCUUGCAGGGCCUGGGCGGGGCGCCUCCUGGGCUGGCUCCGGCCGCCGUGUCCUCCGGGGCUGUGUCCUGCCCUUACGCCUCCGCCGCGGCCGCCGCGGCCGCCGCCGCCGCCUCUUCCCCCUACGUCUACCGGGACCCGUGUAACUCGAGCCUGGCCAGCUUGAGGCUCAAGGCCAAACAGCACGCCUCCUUCAGCUACCCCGCGGUGCCCGGGCCGCCCGCGGCCGCCAACCUCAGCCCGUGCCAGUAUGCCGUGGAACGGCCGGUAUGAGCGGCAGGGCCGGCGGAUCACCCCCCCUCCCGCCCCCCCCCCCCCCGAUCGCAGGGCAAUGAUGCUUCACCUCCUCCCCGGACGGGGCUUGUCUAGACUGGCUGGCCCUGGCCCCAGUGUUUCAAAGGGGUGCUUGGGCAGCUGGGGGGUAGGGAGGGCCGCUGGCUUCCGCAAGGGGCCUGUCCCCUCCCAGCCCCACGAGGGGGUGGACUGGGCCCUACUGCGCCCCCCUCCACCCCUGCCCCGGGACUAAGGCCAGGAACUGGGACCAGCUCCCCAGGAGCCAAUUCACCCUUGGCUCCCCUCCCGCCUUCUCCAGACUACCCUACCCCGUUUUCAAAGAUCAGUGAAAUAAACGUGCGCGG